AUGUUAAUCAAGUGGAACGAAAGAAAGAAAGAGUUCCAGAUCUGGAAGGGAAACUCAAGAGCAUUGGCGUAUGAAAGGAGCAAGUUUGGCCUUACGUUUAUGCUGCAUUUAAGACGAAUUAUUUUUGUGUAUCUCCUAGCAGUGGUAUUCGUAUUCAUAAUGAUAAAAAGGUUUCACUCGCAGGGAAGCCACAGAAAGGUUGCUAUCCACUCAAAGGUGAUUAAGCACAGCGCAGCGCUGUGGGAAAAUAAUAUCAGCCUGAGCUUUCCCGCUGUGCUAAUCGACCUGCGUCUUUUGAAAAAUCUACAUAAUGUGCGAUGGAAGCCAAACGACACUGACAUCAAGAUUGCUGUGCAUACACGGGAAGCGGACAGUAUUAUCAUGGAGGAUCUAAAAGGAUUUGACGUCGUGUACUACGAGCAACCUCUCAAUAAAAAUUAUCUGCUAUUUCACGAUGCGGUUACGCGUUUGAUCCCAGAGAUAUCUUUUUCACUGUACGGAAAUCUUUCGAUUCCGGAAGACGUUGAGCGAUUUGCCAAGUUUUGGGAAAGAUCGGAAUAUAAGAUAUGUCUCGGACUGGAAGUUCAACGAGCAUCGGUUGCCGCAUUCCUACCAGUACAGGAGACCUUAGAGAAUAUGGCGUCUCUGCAGCAAUAUUUGAUUUCACUCGAUAUUUAUCCUUUUAUCUUUUGUGGGACGUUGCUUGGAUGGUUUCGAGAAUGUGGCAUCAUUCCCCAUACUAAAGAUAUAGAUUUCGCAGCUUUCAUCGAAGAGUACGAGCCAGGAGUACUGGAGGAGUUGCGAGGCAACAAAGAGUUCUUUCUCUAUCGAGUUCUUGGAAAACCAAAUGAUUCUUUUGAAUUCACAUUUGAACCAUUGGAUCGUGGAAAACCUCGAAUGGACCUGUUUUGGUUAUACACUUCUAGAAAUGAAUCUUGGAAAGGAGAGCUCGGACCAGACGGAACAAAAUAUAAAUAUACUUAUCCUAGGAUCAGCAAGAUAUGCGCAUGUGAUUUACUCGGGCAUCUUUUCUGGGUUCCUUGCGAUCCUAAAGCAGUUCUAACAUUUGCACGCGAUGUCACUAACGCGGAGGCGAAAGCUGUUGUGCUGAGAUACUUGGAAGAGUAUAAGAGGAGAUUUGUAGAACCAGCCGAACCAGCAGCUAGCACUUCACACCAUCCGGAACAAGAGUCUUCGCACUCGGCACCUGAUGAACCAAGAAGCCGUUUCAAGUCACUCACUUUUGAUAUGUUUCGAAAUGCAGAUCAUCCAUCCGUGCCAGUAGGUUCUACCGCAGAAGUAAGCCGCAGAAAAUUGGACAGUCAGGCGAAGGAGAUAAUAGGACGAGUGAGAACAUUCUUCAUCGAGUUGAAGCGACAGCUAGGAGAAGAAUCCACUGGUACCAUCUUUAACUCGCCAGCUCAGCUUACAGCUUUGGCUUGCGGAAUCUCGAUUCGCACAGUGUGGAAAGUCACAAGAGAGGACAGUAUAAGCGAGCCAGAAAGAACUACGCAACGAAGAGGCAGCAAGAAGGAGCUGAUGGAAGCAGCCGUUAGGAAGUAUGGAGAGCAGUGGGGCCAGAUCGUACGACAUGCCAUCCAUGGAAAGUUACGAGAAGAAAAAGAUGUGACUAUUGAGGAGAUGCGAAAAGAACUUCAAGAAGCCUAUCCGUCCUUCAAAAUGUGCACUGGGACAUUCUAUUAUUUCGUCAAAGGCUUAGGCUUUUCGUAUAGAAUAAACAGAAACCAACCUAUUAUUUACGAACGUCCCGAUCUGGUCCACAAGAGAGCGGUGUACCUCUCAGCUAUGGAAGCGGCAAGAAAUCAACAGAGUUGUCUCGUCUUUAUGGACGAGACAUGGGUAUUUGAUUCAAUGACGAGAAAGAGGGGAUGGAAUGACAACACCAUCCCCCUUUUUGCCCCUGAGUCGACACUGCGUGAAUUCUCCUGCGGUAGAACUGCGGCAAAGAAUAAGGGUAGACGUGCCAUAGUCAUAGGGGCCAUAACGGAAGAGGGAGCCGUCCCGGAAUCUACUAAAGUCAUCAUCAGUGGAGUCAGGGAUGUGGAUGACGAUUACCACCGGGACAUGGAUGCUGUGUUGUUUGAGAAUUGGCUACGAGACACCAUACCCCACAUGCAAAUGGUCGCCGGUGGUCGUCCCAUCGCACUCAUAAUGGAUAACGCUCCAUACCAUAGCCGACAAAAAGAGAAGGUCCCUACUCGUGCUUCAAGAAAAUCAGAGAUUGAAGAAUAUCUCACGAAGAAUGGCGUAGCAGUCCCGGCAAAGAGCACGAAAGAGCAGCUUUUAGUUGAGCUUCAAGAUUUCAUACAAAGCCGCGGCGGCGUAAGUGCUGUGCGCACUUACGUCGCUGAUUCCAUCUGCGGCGAACAUGGGAUUACAGUGAUAAGGCUUCCGCCUUAUCACUGUUUCUUUAAUCCCAUCGAAUUAUGUUGGAGUCAACUAAAAGCUCACCUUUGCAAAGUGGGAAAACCAGGAGACACGUUGGAGCUGGUGAGGACAAGAACGAUAGAGUGGAUGAAUGGCUUCCCUUCGACACUGAGCAGCGGCUGGUUUCGGCACGUUGCUGGCCAGGAGGACGCAGCGAGAUCAAAGAUCGCUGUGGAUCUAGUCAGCAACAACAUUAACAGAGACCUUCCGCCGUUGGACGAGUCUUCCUCCGAUGAGGAAGUCUCACAAUUAGUUGAGAUAGAUGACGUAAUGGAAGAUCUCACAGAGUUUAUCGAAUGA